AGGUUGACGUGUCUUCCCAUUAGCGGAGAACCACACCUCUGUGAACACAAAUACAUUCACACACACACAAACAGACCGCAGCAGCACCGCGGCAGGAAGCCAUGGCGCACCUUAUCGCCCCGCCAUCCUCCGUGCAGCCCAUGACGAAGGAGGACGUCGCCGUCGUGCAGGCGGAGAAGCGCGUCGACGCCGCCACACGGGAACAGCUUGUCAGCGUCUACGGGGACUCGCGCGAUCCGCACGGGCGGCCGAUCGACCUUACCCGGCCACCGCAUCGCAACUGGCGAUGCCCCUCGUGCGGGAAGGUGAGCACAGACCUCCGACACGUGUGUGGUUUUUGUCUUCAACCGGAGCCGGGUUACACCAGUCAACGCUGCGCCAACCGCAAAGGUGAGACCGCAAACGACGCACGACGCACGGCGGCAACAACAGCCACGGCGACAGCGGUGCAACGCGCCGGAACGAGCAGCGACGCCGGUGUGCAGUUCCUUCAAAUUUCUUCCACGAAGCGCACCUACCGAGUUUUCACUGAGCCGCACCUGCCUACCGCUGCGUCACGCUCCACGGCGGCACGGGGUGCUACAAAGGCAGCGGAUAUGCGAGAUGCGAUGAAGGUGGAGGAGGGAGACGAGGAUGAGGAGGACGGUGUGUGGGAUGAUGAGCCAGGCUGUGGCGAGGGACAGCCCUGCCGGCCCGGCGAUGGUGGUGGACGUGACAGUGACGAAGAAGCGGCAGCGGCAGCGGGAGGAGGUGGUGGUGCUGCGCCGACGGCGAAGGUGCAGCGGCGGGCACCGAAGGAGGAAAAAGUAGAUGGCGGCUUCACGCACUUCGUGUCGAUCCCUGUCGGCAAGCUGCCCGCCAUCACCGCCAAUGCUACACGGGUGCUGGAGGACCUGCGGAGCUUCGUGGGUGCCGAAGCGUCUCCAGACCACGCGGAAAGCGCCGGAGCAGGCGCCGAGGACACGGGCGACGUAGCGGCCCCCUCCGCCUCUUCCUCGAAGACCGCUGCGACGCCCGACCUGGUCACGAGCACGCCGCAGCUGCACAUGACGCUGCUCAUGCUCUCACUGCCCAGCCGCGAAGACGUAGAGUUUGCAAAGGAGCUCCUGCAAGGGCCUUUUGCUGCUGCUUGGGCCGCCGUCAAAGAGAAGGCCGUCGCUGCUCUCAAGAACAAGAGCAGCAACAGUAGUAGCAGCAAUGUCCCCACCCUGUUGCUCAGCGGUGACGCGUCCUUAGCCCCUGCCCAUCGUCACCCUCUCAUUCGCCUCGGCGGUGGCCUGCAAGUGAUGAAGGCUGGCGAAGACAACGAGCUGUACCAGCCACAGAAAGCCAGCGUGGUGUACAUGGGCAUCGACGACCCCGCUGCCCUCGCUACGGUGCAGCAGCUUCAGCGUGUCCUGCACGACAGCUUUGCGGAGCUCAUUCAGGAUCUCGCCGAGGCAGCGCGCGCGCGACGGGUGUUGCACGUCACCAUCAUGAACAAGAAGUGGCGGCAGGUGCGCGGCGCACGGCGUCCGUUCGAUGCGCGGCCAAUUCUGGACGUCUUCCAAGAAGCGUGCAUCGGUGCGGGCGACGACGGCACGCAGCUGUUCGAGAUACCGGAACUGGAGCUGUGCGCGAGGCGAAGGCACGAUGAUGAGACCGGCACCUACUUUGCGGAGGCGGUGGUGAAAAUUUGA